UGCAUGCUGAGGUGACUUCGAAGAUAGGCGAGAUGCUCUACCUAGUAGCACUAACAAUUUCUUCAGGGAAAGCAUAAUAUAAGUUUGCUAGAUCCUGUAUGAUCUAUUUUAUGUCUUGUCCAAUCAGACUGAUGCGGCUACGUGAAACGUCAUCCUUGUGCCUGUUUUUCACGCAGAUGCUUUCUUGUGGGAUUCCUUACUUGUAGUUCUAAGUUUUACUGUCGUAGCCAUGUUUGCCUCCUGAAGUAUCUUCUCAGGAUUGUAUGGUAGAUUCAUAAUUCACAGGCUAUGCCCAAAACACAUGGAAUUUGAUUGAAGGCUUGUUACAUAUGAAUUUAUACCACCAAAGAAACUGAAAUUCCUGGAUGCCAUGAUUCCAGUGUAGUGCAAGAGAACUGCAAGUCUGACUAACAAGGUAGGGAUUGACGCUGCAAUAUUCCAACAUUUAUGAUGAUCAAUUCCUGCAUCCAAUGUUACUCUGCGCGUCCAGCAGUACUGAUAAUUGCAACCUGUCCUAUUUCAUCAGACAAAAGUUCAGUUUUCAGUAAUGUUCAGCCUCUAUAGACACCGUGGAUUGGUUCAGACCGGCAACCACAAAGUAUAUCUGGCCAGGAAUUAAGGCAUAUACACAAUCACAAGCUUUAUCAGCAUGGGCAAAACAACUCAUCAUGUUAACAUCAUCAGCUUGCCGCAUCCCAAAAGGUAUUUCUUCUUUCCCAGGCCACCCCAUCCAUGCGACAUGCUAAACCAAGCUCACCAAGAAAAGCUGUCUUGGUAGCACUUGGCUUGCCUCCCUCGCCAUCAGUCGCCUGCCUGCCUACCUCGAGCUUUAAAUCUCUCAAGGAUGCCUCCAGCGCCUUCCCCUUUCUCCCUCGGAUUCACAUCAGUUGACGGCUAUAGGAUGGGAGAACAACCAAGAAGAACUCGUCAGCUGUGUCUGCUUGCUCUGGUGUUCGCGCAAUGGCACCAAGUCUCGAUGGCCAUGACGUUCACUAUCUCCAACUACUGCUCCCACCCGAUCUGGCCGGGGACGCUCGCCGGCUCCGGCACGUCGCAGCUUUCCACGACGGGGUUCAGGCUUGAGCCUGGGCAGACGGUCCAGCUCGCGGCGCCGGUGGGGUGGUCGGGGCGGAUAUGGGCGCGGACGGGGUGCGUGUUCGACGCGGACGGCGCGGGCGUGUGCCAGACGGGCGACUGCGGCGGGCGGAUGGAGUGCCGCGGCUCCGGCGCCACGCCGCCGGCCACGCUGUUCGAGGUCACCCUGGGGCAGGGCGGCGGUCAGGACUUCUACGACGUCAGCCUCGUCGACGGCUACAACCUGCCGGUCGUCGCGAUCCCGCGUGCGCGCCAGGGCGCGUGCAACGCCACCGGGUGCAUGGCCGACCUCAACCGCUCGUGCCCGAGGGAGCUCCAGGUGGACUGCGGCGGCGGCGCCAUCGCGUGCCGGAGCGCGUGCGAGGCGUUCGGGCAGGACAGGUACUGCUGCAGCGGCGCGUACGGGACGCCGGACGCGUGCCACCCGACGGUGUACUCGUCCAUCUUCAAGUCGGCGUGCCCGCGCGCGUACAGCUACGCCUACGACGACAGAACCAGCACCUUCACCUGCAGGGCCGUGGACUACACCAUCGCCUUCUGCCUCCCGACCUCCGAGAUAAAGAGGUCGGAUGCGAAGUUUCUCGGAGCACAGAUAGACGACGGCCAGAGCACCGGCAAUGGCAAUGCGCCGCCGAUUUACAACAACGGCGGCUUCAAACCGCCGAUCUACAACUACGGCGGCGGAGGUUCUCGUGUGCCGACGACGACAACCUCGUCAGCGAGCACACGAUACAGCCAGCCGUGGCUCCUGCUACUGCUGGUGCUCGUCUUCUUUUUCUGACGGCGCUCGGUUGACCUUGUUCGUGCAUUGCCUUCUCGAAGAAUUUGGCAAUUUAGUGAAGAAAUGGAACAUCUGAGCUCAGCUAACACAUGGUAGCAAUUAUGGAUCGAGAGGAAAAGACCCAAGAGACAGAUUA